CGGCUGGACGUGUGCUACUAACCCUAAAGCCUCCCGCGAUUGAUAAUGCAGCCGACGUAAUCGACAGCAGCCUUAGCCGCCAGUUGUUAUCUUGUGUUGUUGUCGGCGAUGCACAACACACAUGGUAUAAUACCCAUUGGUCUUGCUUGCCUGCUCGGACGGACAUAGAACGAUCAUCUCCGCUUACUGAAGGACAGCCGGCUGCCUGUUCGCUUCGCGCAAACUCACACCCUCCCUUGAGCAGCCUGCGGUAGCACGCGCGCUCUUACUGUCUCUGAGCGACCACUCCCGCUGAUCGCACGCUGUCCUUGUCCUGCCCGUGCCGUCCUCCGAGCCAAAACAUGGCCCAAUCCAGCGCCGCUGCUGGCGUCUUGCCAGGCGUGCUCGAAGUCUCGCACCCAUUGAUAAAGCACCACCUCUCCAAUCUACGACUCGUCGAGACCUCCGCGCGCGACGUUCGCUCGCUGAUUGCGCAGAUUUCCACGCUGCUGGUUGCUGAGGCGACCAAGGGCUUUGCGACGAUGCCUGUGCAGGGCCAAGGUCCGCUUGCUGGUUUCAAGGGGGAAUCUUUGCAAGAGAGAAUCGGUGUCGUCCCCAUCCUAAGAGCUGGUCUCGGUAUGACAGAUGCGGCACUGUCAUUGCUACCAGACAACACGUCGGUCCUCCACAUUGGGCUCUUCAGGGAAAAAGUGUCGCUGCAGCCAGUCGAAUACUACUCCAAGCUCCCGUCCAAACCGACUGUAGAUCGCGUGCUCAUCCUCGACCCGCUGGUCGCUACCGGUGGGACUGCUGUAGCUUGCGUGCGUAUGAUCCUGGACUGGGGCAUCCCGAUUUCGAAGAUCCACUUCCUCUGUGUGCUCGCCUCGCGACCCGGUCUGGCAAAGCUCACGGCCGUGUACCCGGGCCUCGAGAUUAUUGUUGGCGCAAUAGACCCAGAGCUCAACGAGAAGGGGUACAUCGUCCCUGGACUUGGUGACACGGGCGAUCGUCUGUUCGACACCUUGUAAAUUGAAUGAAUCACUUUAAAUCGCAACCCGCCAUUUACAAUUU